UUGUUGAAGUUGUAUGUUGGCACGUCAUUUCUUGCUCAUGAAACUCUUCCAUAUGACAACCUGUGGCCCUUGCAGGACUCCCAGCGGAUCCCUCGGAUCACCAAGCUUUGUUAUGCUGCUGGCUCGGUCCCGUAUCAGUGCACUACAGCAGCUCUAUUUGUCUCACAGCAGAUAUUCCUUCUGGAUGUUGUGCAGAUGGAGGCUAUCUACGUGUCCAUGAUUCUGUUCCUGACUCGCGUCUGGGAUGGCGUGACCGACCCUCUGGUUGGAUACCUUGUGAGCCGCAGUAAGUGGACGCGCAUAGGCAAACUCAAACCUUGGAUCGCAUUUUCCACACCACUUGGUAUCAUCUUCUAUGUGAUGAUGUGGAUAAUGCCAUUUGGAUCAGGUUCUCACGCUGCCAACUUAAUGUGGUUCCUCUCAGUUUCCUGCCUGUUUGAGACCCUCAUGACGUGCUACAACAUCCCGUACCUCACACUGAACAUGUUCCUGGGGGGAAACCAGAAGAACAGAGACUUUGCUACAGCAUACAGAAAGGUCACAGACGCCUUUGCAAUGGCGGUGGCUUCAGCCAUUCAGGGCUACGUUGUAAAAGAGUACAACAAAGAAAAGCAGACAACAUGUCAGCAGCAUGACCACGAUGACACCACACCUCAAUCCACAUCUUUGCCAACCACAACAUUACUCCAGAAAACGCAAACGACUUUCCUGAUAUCCGCUUUGGCCAUGGGUGGGAUAUUUUUCCUGUCCAGCCUGAUUCUCCUGUUUGGGGUGAAAGAGCAACGAGCUCUGCCCUGUUCUCAUGAGAAAGUGCGACCACCCUUUGUGACCUCACUUAGGAUGCUUGCAUGUCAUUUUCCUUACCAGCGACUGGUGCUUGGUUUCGUGUUCUGCACAUUUGCAUUUCAGACAUCACUGGGUAACUUUGCACUGUUCUGCAGUCACGUGGCCGGGCUGGGGAACCAUUUCCAGCUACUCAUCCUGACCCUACUGAGUUCUUCUACGGUAGGGGUUCUGAUUUGGCAAGCUGUUCUCAGGAGAGUGGGGAAAAAAACAACACUUUUUAUUGGAAUGUCGCUCUUCCUGCCAUCAUCAGCUGUGAUCAUGUUGGUUCCCACUAACCUGCCCAUCCUCACCGUUAUGUGCGUUUUGAUUGGCAUCAGCCUGGCAACCUUGUUCUUGCUGCCCUGGUCCAUGCUUCCAGAUGUGGUGGACGACUUCACUCUGAAACACCCGUCCUACCAAGACAUGGAGUCUUUGUUCUUCUCCUGUUACGCUUUCUGCCAAAAGCUGGGAGGAAGCCUGGCUGUUGGAAUUUCAACACUGACAUUACAGUUUGUGGGCUACAAAGCAAAUGCGUGUCACCAUGGUGACGGCGUGACGACGGCGCUGAUGGUGCUGUUCUCAUUAGUUCCUGUUGUUCUGCUGUUGAUGGGGAUCCUCACUUUCAUGUUCUACCCGAUUGAUGAGAGGGAAGAAAUGGCAGCUAUCCCAAAUGCUGCACUUUUCGUCACACAAGAGGAUACAGAGCAUCGUGCUGAUGUAACACUAACUCAGGUGUCGGCUGAAUCUAGCAGCACUUGUGGAAGUGGGAGAGUGAGAUUGUUUAUGCCUCAGUAUGAUGAUUGGACGCCACGCCAAAGCAGUGCAAAUUUUCCUCAGAAUGCUGCUGGGACUGUGCCUUUCACCUCAAAGAUGAAAUCCAAAGUCACACUAGUGUAG